AUGGCGUCCUCUGAUGAUCCCCGCGGUCUGCCGUUUUUGGAGUACCUUGCGCCUGUGGUUGCCGUGGUGGCUCACCCGGCCGUGCGCCAGGCAUGUCAGGAGAGCAACUUGUCCCCUGGUCAACUUCUCAGGGCCUUCGGAAACGUGCCCGUGGACCUCCCGAUCCGAACAUCGGCCGAGCGCACUCACAGGCUCCAGGACUUCCACGUGCGCUUCCACGACGCGACCUCCUGCUUCCGCCCCCCGAUGGAGAUAUCCGACGCCGCCACGCGCGUGUCCGUCUCCGUGGCGGCCUCCCGGGACUCCUUCCUGACAGCGAGCCCCCACGGCCCCCCGCGCACCACGCUCGGCGCGUCGCCGUGGUGCGAGGCCUUCCUGCGCGAGGCCGGGCGCAUGCAGUGCUUCUCGGACCACCUCGCGUUCGACGCCCCCUGCGCCCUCCUCCUCCUGCUCCCGCCAAACAUCGACCCGCGUCAGGCCGUUCCCGCGGCGCUCGAGUCCCUGCAACGGCGCCUCCCGCAGCUCGCGCCGCACGUCCGCGCCGCGCUCUCGAACCCCGACACCCCGCGGCUCGCGCUGCUCUGCCACACCUCCGCGGCGCACAGCCCACCCCCUGACACCGCACAACUCUUGGCCACCACAGAGCAGCUGCUCGGCGCGUCCCGCGCGGCGCUCUGCACGCUCGGCACUCGCCGGGCAGACGACGAGGCGGGCCCCGCGUGGGCCGACCGCUGGGACGCGCUCGUCGGUCCCCGGCUGCGCGGGGGCGGCGCAGGCGAGCCCGAGGGGGAUCCUGAGCUCCCCGCGCCGGGGGGGGAGGCCGGACUGAGCGACACGGGGCUCGUCGCGGCGGGCGGCGUGCCGGGACGCGGCGCCAGGGUGUCCGAGGACGACGUCGCGUCGAUACAGGCAGCGUUGUCGCGUCUGGUCGCUGGCGCACUGGUCCCCGUGCUGGAGGAGCGCUGCCGGUCGCUGAGCCAGGCGCUGGCGUCGCGGCGCGGCCUGAAGAACCAGCUCAAGUCGUGGUUCUCCGGUCGGCCCAAGGACGGGUCCGCGGCGCCGCUGCACCAGCUUGCGUCCGAGCACGGCGCUGUGGCGCUGGCGGUGCAGGACUACGACGCCGCGGCGUCGUCGUACCGCGUGCUGGUGUCGGAGCUGAAGGGCAGCGCGUCGAAGCGGCAUCUCGCGGGCGCGCACCUCCUGCACGGCGCGGCGUGCCUCCUCGCGGGAGCGCCGCACCGGGAGACGCAUGGGGCGCUGACGAGCGCCGCGGAGGCCCUGCGGGCGCUCGGGCCGUCUGAGGCCGCGGGGGCCGCGCUCGCGGCGGCGCUGCUCGCGUGGGCGACGAUGGCGGCCCGGCGCUGGCACGAGGCGGUGCGCGCGCUGAUUCUCGCCUCGUUCGAAGAGCAGCCCCUGCGCGGCGCGGUGCUCCUCGAGCAGGCCGCGGACUGCUACAAGCGGCUCGGGAUGCGACGGAAGUGGGCGCUGCACGCCGUGCUCGCCGGCCACAAGUACCGCAUCGCCGGACAGGCGUCCCUCGGCGUCCGAUCCUACCUGUCGGUGGAGGGGGUCUAUUUGGAGCGCGGCUGGGACCGCAUCGAGGAGCACAUGCGGCGGUUCCUGCUCGGACGUGCGGCCUCGGAGGGGGACGACGCCGCCGCCGCGAAGCACGCCGCGAGCCUGCUGUCGCUGCCGCACCCGCCGCCGCACGCGCAGCAGCAGUGUCUGGGGCAGCUCCUGGACCUCGUGGGGCGCCUCGGGGAGGCACCCGUCGCGGUCGAGGGCCUCACGCUGCCGCGCGUGUCCAACCAGGUCGUCGCGGUCCGCUCGGAGGGGCGCGUCACCGUCGGCACCGCGAGCGCGGACGCGUCGGCGGCGUCCUGGACUGAAGUGGAGGGCCCGCUGCUGUGCACGCCCGCGCAGCUCGCGAAGGCCGACGCCGACCUGCCGCCGCCGCCGCCGGACCCGACCGCGCGGCUGCUGGAGCGGACCGGCGCGGCGCGGGCCUGCGUGGCCGGGGAGGACAUAUCGAUCGCGGUGCUGUUUACCAACCCGCUGCGCAUCCCGCUCGACAUCACGGGGGCGCGGCUGGUCGCGGAGCUGACGCCUGACGAGCAGGGCCACGAGGGGGUCGCCGUUGAGCUCCCUGCGCGGUCGUUGGUUCUCGAGGGCCGGCAAGACAUUGCGCUGCCACUUGCGGCACGGCCGCUGGUGCCCGGGAGGCUCGUCGUGCGUGGCGUGGAGUGGGAGCUGUGCGGCAAGGUCUCGGCGUCGAUCACGUUUCCGACGCGCGCCAAGAAGGCCGGCGGGCUCGCGGAGCACGACGGUUUGACAGUGUGUGUCCUGCCGCCCAUGCCGCGGCUCAGCUGCCGGUUCGACCUCCCGGAGCGCAUCUACACCUCUGAGCUCCGCGUCGUCUCCCUCGCGAUCGUCAACUCGGGGCCGUGCUCCAUCCAGGCGCUGCGGCUCUCAGUGCCUAGCGCCGCCCUGCAGCCCCUCCCAACUGCCACCAUCGCCCGGACCGGCGCCGGCGACGCGGCGGCCCAGAGCGCGCCCCGCACGGUCGUGCUGAAGCCGCUCGGGCACGGCGUGUGCGCCGUUCGCGGCGCGGACGACGCCCCGGUGGUUCUGGACCGUUGGGAGGAGCUGCGCUACCGCGCCGCGUUGUACUGCGCUCACGCCGGGCACCACGCCGUGAACGCGGCCUGGUACUUCGAGCCCGGGCCAGACAGCGCGGCGCCGGGUCCGAACUCGAUCGCGUACCGCACGCUGCGCAUCGCGGCCGAGGUUGUCGCGGCGCCGGCGCUGCGGUGUCAGGCCACGGCGGCGUACGCAGGCCCCGGGAAGCCGAAGCCGCGCGACGUCGAGAUUACGCUUGCGAUGAAGAGUGCCCACGGAUCGCGCGCGCUGCGCAUCGCCGCGGUGUCUGCCGUGCGGGGUCCAUCAGUGAAGGCCGAGGGGUCUGACAGCGCGGCGGGCAUCCCAGGCGCGCCGCUCGUGCCCGGCGCGACGGCGACGCUGCACGUGUCAACCGCAGAGGACACAGAGGCGAGCGAGGGCGCCGGUGUUCCGGCCGCGGUGGCGGGGUGGUGGGAUGCGGAGGCAGGCGGCACGAUCGACCCCCGCGCGGGCCGUGAGGCCGCGGAAGCGGUGAUUGCGCAGGCUCGACAGAGCUGCGCGCAUCCUGCAGCGGCGGACGCGGCAGGGCCGGUGCUGGCGGUGUGGUGGGAGGCGCUCGAGGGGUCUUUGAAGCCCAGGGCACACCAGCGUGGCAUGUCCUUUACGAGCGCUGACAUGCAGGGGCGACGGGGUGCCUGCGGCGUGCUCGUCGUGCGCAGCGAGCCCCCGGAUCGCCACGCGCUGAGCCAGGUGCAGGUGGCGCUGGGGGGGCCUGCAGGAUCGGGUGCGCGCGAGGUCAUCGUGCCGGUGACGCCUGGGGCGCCGCUGAGGCGGCCGCUCGAGGCGCACGUGCAGGUGCUGGCCGCGAACGUCGGCAAGGCGCCCGUGCGCGUCGAGGUGUGCGGGUCGGUGCUGCCGCAGCUGCUCACCUUCUCGCCGCAGCACGCCAACGUCCACGGCAUGUGGGGCGUCGACCGCGACGGUCAGGACGACGCGGACCCGUACAGGGCCUCUGCGUUUGCGCUGCGGCCGCAGCAGAUGCUCCCAUGCGCGCCGGCGCAGUGGGUCGGAAGGGUGGUCAGCGUUGAACCGCAGCUCGAGGGCGGGGCGGUGUUCCAAACCACGCUCCAGCUGCUCAUCAACACCAGCACGCCGGGCCUGUAUCCUGCCCCGCCGAUCACCGUGCGCUGGAGCGCGACCCGUCCGUCUUCCCGCAGCCGCGCCACGGAGGCCCACGAGGUGACUGUGCCGGAGUUCGCGCUGCGACUGGUCGACGCCGCGCAGCUCGCCGCGACGGAGGAGUCGGUACCGGCGUCCCCUCCGCAGGCAGCGCUGCCCGAUGUCGAGAAACUGUCGCUGCGGGACCCUGCUGGGGAGACCCCCCAGGUGCCUGCUGCCGAGGCGGCGCCGCCUGUCCAGGAGCCCGAGGUGGCACCGGCUGGCUCGCUGCUAGGCUUGGCAGGGCUGGGGGGGGAGGAGGACGCGGGCGGCUCGUUCGCCGACGGUGCAGAUGCCUCAGUUGUAGAGCCGGGGGGGGCUGGGGAGCAAGAGGGUGGCGGGGCGGACGAGGGCCGGGGCGACUUGCUGGACCUCGAGGAUUCGUCGCACGGCGAGGUCGACUUGCUGACUGGCUUGGGGAGCGGCGAGGAGGGCGGCGCAGGUGCUACCGACAGCGCUCUGAGCGCUACAGUCUUGGGCGGCGCAGAGACGGUCGGAGGCGAAGUGGACUUGUUGGGACUGGGCGGCGAGGACGAGGUCGCGGAAGGGCCGGGCGGCCCGCGUGAUAGGGAUUGA